AUGUUCAAUCUUAUAGAGCCGAAUUUAUAUUUGGGUUGUCGACAAGCAGCUGAAAACGUAAAUAUACUUAACAAACACAAAAUUACACAUAUCUUGACUAUUGAAGAUAAACGAUUAUCGCCCAAAAUCACAAAUAAUGAAUCUUUCACUACAAAAUUUAUUUUUCUCUAUGAUUUACUGAACCAAAAUCUACUAAAUCACCUUGAGGACACCUACGCGUUCAUCUUGGAAGGAAUGUUAAAAGGAACUGUAUUAGUUCACUGUCUCAUGGGCGUCUCCAGAAGCGCCUCCGUUGUAAUAGCCUUUAUGAUGAAGAAAUACCAGUUAACAUAUGAAGAAGCCUAUGAAAAAGUCAAUCAAAAAAGAAGAAUAUAUCCGAACCCAGGUUUUGAAGCUCAGUUAAAAUUAUAUGAAGCAGUUGGUUGUCAGCUGGAGGCUAAGGAUAUCAGUAACAAAUUAUUCAGAUUAUACAUAGCAGCUAGAGAAAUUAAUAGUCAUGGUUUUCUAAGUCAAGAGUUCUUAGAUUUAUUUACACCAGAUCCUGGAGUAACUGCAAAGACUGAAUUUAACUCUGAACAAUGUGCCUAUUUCUGCAGCCAGUGCUCGAGGGGUCUAGCGACCGAAUCGAGUUUAAUCCCGCAUAAAAAUAACGAUGAAAUUUGUGAAAAAUCAUAUUUUGUAAUGCCAAUAGCCUGGAUGAAGGAUGCUUCUAAAACUAUAAAAUAUACGCUAUUCUGUCCAAAUUGUGACACCAAAGUGGGGUCGUUUAGCUGGGGUGAAGACGUUAUAGGGUUGGUCAAAGAGAGCGGCUUGUUAAGAGAGGUGAAAGCGUCACUUUUGAAACACGUGGUGAAAGCGGAGUGCGCGGUUCCUAGUCGAGCUGGCGGGAUUUAUCGCGCCAUCUGCACAAAAGAUGCAUGUUCUUCGUGCUGGGCGGCAGUGUUUACGAUAGAUAGAACCACCGUUGUGGGUAGGAGAAUAGCCACGACCAGGAGCCCCAAACUUCGCUCGUGCUACAACGCCCCGUUUGGGUAUUUUUUUUGUGGUCUAUAA